AUGGCAGGAACACGCAACUACGACUUCCUAAUCAAACUCCUCCUUAUCGGCGACUCUGGCGUAGGCAAGUCCUGCUGCCUGCUCCGCUUCAGCGAAGACUCCUUCACGCCCUCGUUCAUUACAACGAUAGGUAUUGAUUUCAAGAUCCGAACAAUUGAACUCGAUGGCAAGAGGGUGAAGUUGCAGAUCUGGGAUACGGCGGGCCAGGAAAGAUUCAGGACGAUCACGACGGCGUAUUAUCGGGGUGCCAUGGGAAUCUUGCUCGUUUAUGAUGUUACGGAUGAGAAGAGUUUCAAUAACAUCCGAACCUGGUUCUCCAACGUCGAACAACACGCCUCGGAAGGCGUGAACAAGAUGCUCAUCGGCAACAAAUGCGACUGGGAGGAGAAACGCGCCGUCUCCACGGAACAAGGGCAAGCGUUGGCCAACGAGCUGGGUAUACCUUUCAUGGAGGUCUCGGCGAAGAGCAAUAUCAAUGUUGAGAAGGCUUUCUUUCAGUUGGCGGGCGAUAUCAAGAAGAGGAUUGUGGAUACGCAGCAACCGCAGCAGGCGCAGCAGCAGUCGGUGCAGGUUGGAGCGGGGCAGGGAGGGGUGGCGGCCGGGUUAGGCAAGAACUGUUGCUGA